AUGGCCGAAUCACUGGAAUCACCGACUGAUACGGUACGCGAGCGGAUAGCAAGUCGAACUGACAUUAUCGUGAUCGUUGUGACAACUCACGUCGCUCCUUCGCAUGUUAGCGCUGUUGCAGUGCACAGCGGCAACGAAGGUGGUGAAGUCGCUCGAAUUUUGCGAUGCGCAUACAUAUGGCACAUUGCUCAAAGGGCACCUCCUGGAGGCGUAAUUUGUCAGCUUGCGAGUCGCGAUUGUAACAACGAGAACAAGAGUUGGAAGGCGUACCACGAAGAAGCCCAACGCUAG